AUGCUCGGCGGCGGGCAGCCGCUGCCAGAGACGAGGCAGGGGUUCAUGGAGCGGGUCAGGGACCUCCUCGGCGGCCGGGUGUUCGACGCCAAGUUCAUGGCGGAGAACUGCGGUCGAGCGGACCUGCGCGGCGUCGGCCUCAGAAGCGUCUCCGCCAACCUCGGCGUGCCGAAGCCCGCCAAUCUCGGCGCACCGAGCCCCGGCGCGGACCUGCCGUGGCUCGCCGGCACGAAGAGCCUCGUCGCCUACCGCAUACAUACGAUCCUUAGAUUGCACGUCCUCUCCCAGGACGCUGCCGCUGGCUUCGAGGGAGUAAUCGACGGACUACAGUGA